GCAGGAGCCGAGCGAGCUUCAUCCCGCAGCGGGGCUGCUGCGCCAGGGCUCGGGGCUCGUCCUGCCUUGGAGCCACUGGGCAGGAACAAAGCCUGGGCGGGGGUGGGGGGGACACUCGCCCAGGGGAACGGGCGCCGGGUGCAGCCCCGCGGCAGGGGAGGUGCCCGCGGCAGGGGAAACGCUGCUCCUCACUGGCCUCUUCGCCUCGGCAGCUCAGCGGCCCCGUCCUGAACGAUGGAGAACUACCACGUCCUGGAAAUGAUCGGCGAAGGGUCCUUUGGGCGCGUGUACAAGGGGCGCCGGAAGCACAGCGCCCAGGUGGUGGCCUUGAAGUUCAUCCCCAAGGUGGGGCGGUCUGAGAAGGAGCUGAAGAACCUGCAGCGGGAAAUUGAGAUUGUGAGAGACCUCCAUCACCCCAACAUCAUCCAGCUGCUUGACAGCUUUGAGACUGAUAAGGAGGUGGUGGUCGUGACUGACUACGCAGAGGGAGAGCUCUUCCAGAUCCUGGAGGAUGAUGGGAGUUUGCCUGAGGACCAGGUCCAGACCAUAGCUGCCCAACUCAUCUCUGCUCUCUACUACCUGCACUCCCACCGCAUCCUGCACCGUGACAUGAAACCCCAGAACAUCCUGCUGGGCAAAGAUGGUGUUGUCAAGCUCUGUGACUUUGGGUUUGCCCGUGCCAUGAGCAUCCACACCCUGGUGCUGACGUCCAUCAAGGGCACCCCGCUGUACAUGUCCCCUGAGCUGGUGGAAGAACGGCCGUAUGACCACACAGCAGACCUGUGGUCUGUGGGCUGCAUCUUGUACGAGCUGUUUGUGGGCACUCCUCCCUUCUACACCAACAGCAUCUUCCAACUUGUCAGCCUUAUCCUCAAGGACCCUGUCAAAUGGCCUGAGAACAUGAGCCCAGUGUUCAAGAGCUUCCUUCAGGGAUUACUAAUGAAGGACCCCCACCAGCGCCUAUCAUGGCCAGAGCUACUUUCUCACCCCUUCAUUGCUGGACGGGUUACUGUGAUUGAUGACACAGAAGAGCAUGGGAUUUCAAACCCGUUCACCACCAAGCUGUCGCCAGAGCUGCAGGCCCUGAAGGAGCAGCAAGUCCAUUCCAUGGCCCCCAGGAGCAGCCAGUCCAAGAUCCUGAGAAAGGCCCAGCAGAAGAUGGUUGAAGAGACACAGAAAAAGGGCCAGCUGAAGGCAGGUGAUGCAUCUAUGAAGGAUUCUGACAAUGGACAUCCCACACACAGACCCAGAGCAGCAUCACAGAAGGCAACCCCUGAGAAGAGGGAGCCCUUGGCUUCCUCCAGUGAGAAGAAUCCAUGUCUCUUGCAAGGAAAGACCAGCACACCCAAGUGGGAGUCUGAGGAGUCUCCUCCCAACCCAGGGCAACACAGCCUCUCUCGAGACUAUGAGUGGGAGUCUCCUGUAGCAGGUUCCCCUCCACAGGCUGGUGCUGGCAGGGCAGAGCCCUGGAGCAGGCACAGCAUUGAGGUCGUGGACCUGGACAGUGAGGAGCUGGAGAGCGAUGAGGAGUGGCAGUACCUGAUUGAGGACACUGAGCCCUCAGCAAAGCAGCUGAGUGUGACUAUGAGCCUCCUGAGGGACCCGGUCUUCCAGCACCGUGUCCAGGACCGCCUGGCAGACUCUGCUCAGCGGGCGCUGGAGGGGAUGCUGGUGGGAGCCUCCCAUCUUCGUACUGUGCUUCAUGUUAUGCUCAACCUCCUGUCCAGCCGGUGUGAUGCUGAGCUGCUGGACCACUUCUGCCAAGAGCUGAAUGUGCCUCUGUCCCUGCUGCGUCUAGCCAAGCAGAUCCUGGAAAGUGGUGUCACCAAGAAGCAGCCGUGGUGUAUCGCUGUGCUGACAGACAUCAUCAUGGUGACGAAAGUUUAUUUCAGCAGUGAAUGCAGCCUGGAGGAGAGUGGCCCAAAGGACAGCCUGCAGGAGAGUGCUGACUGCUUCCUGGCCCUGCUGCCAGAGCUGCUGGCUGCCCCAGCCGACAGUGAGAUGAAACUCUGCCAGCAAAGCCUCCUGUGCUUCACCCAGCUUUGUGAGAACCUGAAAAUGGCAGAUCCCUCUAUCUCUGCACACUUCUACACCAGGCUGCAAGAGGAGCAUCAGCCCCUGCUGAACAGACUUCUUCAGGGAUCCAUCUCAGAGCAGCCUGCUCUUCAAGGUGCAGCAGUGGAGGGCAAGUCAGCCCAUGACCAAAGCCCAUGUGUGGCAGAUCUCUUCCUGGCUGCUUUGGCUGCUGCAUGCAGCAUCCCCCUGGAGAGAAACAGCUUUCGAGAAGCCAAGCAGCAGGUUGCUUACACAGUAGCUGAAAAACUCAUGGAAGGAGAGUGCCAGCAGCUUGCAAGACUGGUGGGGAGGCUGGAGCACCCAGGCUGCUCCCUGAAUGUCCUGACGAUCCUCUACGCUGGCUGUCAUGCCUGCCCGAACCUGUGCCAGCACCUGGGAAGGAGCCAACCACUGUGGGGUUCCCUCAUGCAACUCUUAAAGACUGAGGUCCCUGUGGUGGAGGUGACCCAGAAGGCAGCCUGUGAAGCCUCUCUGUACCUGCUGGCCCUGCUCACCCUGCAGUUUCAGGCAUCCCCUCCCAGGCGUGAGGAGAUGGUUACCCUGGCUGUGGAUCUCAUCAUCCAGUCUCCUGUUGUGUCCCUUGUGGGUGCUGCAGCAUUUCUCCUGGCACAGCUCAGUCAGCAUGGGGUGGCUUUGGAGCUCAAGAGAGAAAAGAUCCUACCAGUGGUAACAAAUGCGCUGACAGCACCUGCUGAGGUAUGGGAUGGGGACAGAGAAACUGGGGACCCAUGCCUACCCCAAUGUGAAGGUGUGCAAAGGUGGGCUCAGAAGGGUGCAAGUGUGAUGCCAUCAAGCCCAGCAACCAGCUCCAGACUGUCUCCCGCUCUCUUACAGCUGCAGCUCCCCCUGCCAAUGGGUGCUGGUCUCUAUGAUGGGCUCUUCUUCCUCCUGCUGAAACUCCUUGAACAGGAGGAUGUGGUCUUGGAGCAGGGCUUUGCUUCCUCAGAGCUAUGGAGCCUGAUCUGGCAUUGUGUUGCUGUGGUGCUUCAUGUGCGCACCAACAAGGCAGUGCUGGAGGGAGACCCACCCCCAAGUGCUGGUCACCUCAUGGCAGAGCCAGAUUGGAACCUCCUCUCCCCUAAAGGAACCCUGCUCUUCCUCAGGCUGGCCUUCAGUGUCUUCACUCGUGAGUCCCACCAGUGUCUGUCUCAGCUCACUCAGUCCCACGGUGUGCUCACGGUGACACUGAAGAGACUGCUGUCCCCUGGCUUCUUGGCAUGCCUGGCACAGAUGCAAGCAGGAAAGGAUGGGAACCCUGAGGUUGUGCCAAAUGUGGUCAUCCAGGUCUGCCAGCUUCUUUCUUUCCCUUUUGCCCUGGAUGUGGAUAAAGAUACCUUAGCACUGAUCAUGGAGGCUGUGAGAGACACGCAGAUCCCUGCACAGCUGCUGCAGGUCUGCGCUCACCAUCUGCCCUUCUCAUUCACCGAGCUCCCCAUGGGCCUCUUGUGCCAAUUUGUGGUGUCUGAUACACAGGUCAUAGACCAAGUGGUGAAGGAAGCUGCUGCUUCAGAGCACAUUGUUGCCUUCUUGAAGUCUGUCUUGUUCUCAGACAAUGUCAUACUCACAACUGACCUCCUGUCUCUCUUGAGCCACGUGGCGCGGGCCUGUUCAGAGCACCUGCCUUUUCUCCAGACAAUCCUAAGGGACUCAGAUGUGGCUGACCAGCCACUGACCUACCUGCUCAGCCACAAGCAACACCUGAUACGGGCCAGAACCUGCAACUUGCUGGGCAACCUGCUCCGCCACAGCUUUUCCCCAGUGCUUGAGGGCCAGCCCGGUUGGCUGGAAAGGCUGCUAGAGUGCCUGUCAGACCCGGAGAGCUGCGUGCGCAGGGCAGCCACCUUUGCAGUGGGCAACGCCGCCCGCCACGCGUCUUGUCCGGCGGGGACCCUGGGCAGGGCCGUGCCCACGCUGACCCGGCUGCUGGGCGACACGCAGGCCAAGACGUGCUGCAACGCGGCCCUGGCCCUCAGCAACCUGGGCCAGCGCGGGGCAGAGCUGCGGGAUCUGCUGAUCCAGAACAGGGCCCCCGACCUCCUGCUGCAGGUGAGCUGCCAGGACCCGCGGAAGACCGUGCAGGAGAGAGCCCUCGAGGCACUGCAAGCCCUCAGCCAGUACCCUGGGAUCCAGCAGGUCCUGCUCUCCCUCAAAGCCACCGAGAAGCUGGCCGCGCUGGCCGGUGUCAGUCCCCGGUCGCCUUCUGCCCGGUACUGCGAGCUGCUCCUCCGCCGCCUCGCAGAUCUGCCCGGCCGCGCGGGGCCCAGUCAGCCGUCGCCGCGUCCCGGCGCCGAGCGGUGACGCCCGGACAUCCCGGGACUUUACCGACCUUUCCUUCGCCCUCCUCAGGCUCCAGCCCGACCUUCCUUGGAACCCGCGCUGCGCGCCUGAGGGGGACUGUACCCAGCCCUCUUUACCCGGGGUACUCCCCGUGGGAAGCCGUCCCUUUAAAAAAUGCCCGUUCCUUCUGUAACCGCGCGUUUCCCGGCGGCUCCGGGAGCCGUGCCCGCACCGCGGGGCUGCGCUCCGCCGCCAGGCACCGCCGCGCCGCCAGGGGGCAGUACACCCCCGCGGCGCGGUGGCUGCCGGGAGCUGUAGUCACGUGGGCCCGCCGGCUCCCCAUGGUAACGGCGGCGGCGGGUCCGGCGGGCGGCCAGUCUGCCUAAGACCAACUGGAGCUCUGCUGACUGCCCUCAGAUCCUGUACUGGUGGCCAAACUCUUCCCAGGUCCUGCCAUGUAAUUCUCCUGUACCUUUUCUUCCACCAUGAAGCUCAACUGAAAAUGCUGUCCCUUCAGUUUGGAUCUUCAUGAAUGGGCUGUAAACUUCUCUGGUGAAAGGCUAUUAAACACCUCAUGGUUUAGCUUGUUGCUUUUAACCCA